AUGGCCACAAUCGGUAGUAGUGCUAUAGCUACAGUUCAAGCUAGACGCUUUAGUACUCGUGCACAACGUAAUAUGCGUAAACGUGGUGGAGGCCAUGGUAUUGGUAUAGCUGGUGGUCGAUCUAGUUUGUAUAAGCAAAUGUAUGGCAAUGGUGCUAGAAAUGGAGAAAUAAAUCUCAAUGAACAGUUUGUACAUGCAUGUGAAAAUGGUGAUUAUAAUACUGUUAAUCGAAUUCUUGAAGAAAAUCCAAAAUUUAAUAUUGAUGUAACUGAUCAAUUAGGUCGUACAGCAAUGAGAUUAGCUAUUGAAAAUGAACAUCUUGAAGUUGUUACACUUCUUUUAGCAUUAUGUGACGGACAAAAAAUGCGUGAAGCAUUAUUACUUGCUAUUUAUCUUGGACAUGUUCAAAUAGCUGAAGCAUGUUUACGUCAUCCAAAAUUUAAAGUUUUAAAUGAAAAAAAAGUUUUUACUGGUAAUGAUGAUUCAUUUUGGCAAACACCAUCAUCAGAUGAUGCACAAUUUGCACCUGAUAUAACACCAUUAAUAUUAGCAUCACAAUAUAAUCGAACUGAAAUUGUUCAAUUACUUUUACGUGGUGGUGAUCGUAUAACCAAACCUCAUGAUUAUCAUUGUAAAUGUCAAGAAUGUCAUAAUAAAUUUGAAUUUGAUUCUUUACGUCAUGCACAAUCACGUUUAAAUGCAUAUCGUGGUCUAGCAAGUGAAAGUUAUAUUAGUUUGGCAUCUAUUGAUCCAAUUGUAACAGCAUUUGAACUUGGUCAUGAAUUAAGAGAUUUAUCUGGCAAAGAAAAAUAUUUUAAAAAUGAAUAUCUUAGUUUAGCUGAUCAAUUAAGUGCAUAUGCUGUAAAACUACUUGAUAAAGUUCGUGGUCAUAAAGAACUUGAUUGUGUUUUGGGAAAAACAGGAAAAGAAACAGAAGAAAAAUAUGUUCUAUUAGCUAGACUUUAUUUGGCUAUUAAAUAUGAAGAAAAACCAUUUGUUGCUCAUUCAAAUUGUCAACAGAAAUUAGUUGAAAUCUGGCAUAGUGAUAUACGUAAUCUAUUUAAAUUAAAUCCAUUAAUUAUACUUUUAUUAAUUCUUGCAUAUGUAUUUAUAUUACCAUUUGCUUGUGUAUUUUAUAUUUUAACGUCAUGGUCAAAAUAUACAAUUAAAUUUCAAAAAUUUCUUAAACAACCAUGCAUAAAAUUUAUUGGUCAUACAAUAUCAUACGCAAUAUUUAUUAUUUUAAUAAUUCUAUCAAGUUUAUUAUUUGCUGGCGAAUUUCAAAAGCCAUUGAAACGCUUAUUAAAUAUCUAUCCAAAUCUUACACAAAUAUUAAAUGACACAAUAAAUUUAUGUCAAAAUACAUAUUCAAAUUCUUGUACUUAUUAUCCACAAAAUUAUGAUUUUUAUUUUCGACAAAGUACACCAACAUGGAUUGAUAUAGCAAUAACUGUUUUUGUUAUUGGUUUUCUUUGGCACGAAAUAAAACAAGGUUAUACAGAUGGUCUUAAAGAUUAUCUUCUUUCAUGGAAUAAUAUUGUUGAUUCAUGCAUGAACAUUUUAUAUAUAUCAUCGUUUGCACUUAAAUAUUAUGUGUUUUUUAAAGUACGAUUGGCUUCUCAAACAUUAGAUAAGCCAGAAUUUAAAGCUAAUCUUCAAAAUAUUUAUAAUUUAACUGAAACUGAACAAUAUCAUAUGUAUCAAACAUUUUAUUGGUUAAAUGCUGAUCGUUUCUAUUGGGUGUCAUUUGAUCCAGUUAAUGUUGCUGAAGGACUUUUUGCUAUAGCAAAUAUAUUUAGUUUUUCACGUAUUUGUUUUCUUUUACCAGCAAUACAGCAUUUAGGACCAUUGCAAAUUUCACUUGGUCGAAUGAUGUCUGAUAUUGGAAAAUUUAUAAUUAUAUUUCUUAUCAUAUUUUGUGGAUUUAUGUUUGGUUUAAAUAAUUUAUUUUGGUAUUACAGUGCAUCAGUACGUCAAAAUGUUGAAAUUGUAAAUCAUACUCUUGGUGAUGAUGAUCCACCAUUACCAGCUGAAACAUAUUUUGGAACAAUGGGUGGAACAUUUAAAACAGUUUUUUGGUCAUUAUUCGGUUUAUCAGAAAAAGAAGGUGUUUUAUUAGGAAAUUAUGAUAAUGUUUUCACUGAAAUGGUUGGAUAUUUAAUUUAUGGAACAUUUAAUAUUGCAAGUGUUAUUGUUUUACUUAAUAUGCUUAUUGCUAUGAUGUCGAAAUCUUAUGAAACUAUUGAAGAACAUGCUGAUGUUGAGUGGAAAUUUGCACGAAGUAAACUUUAUAUGGAAUAUAUUCAAGAAGGUGGAACACUGCCAGUACCAUUUAAUCUCAUUCCAACUCCAAAAACUUUUUAUUAUCUUUAUGAACGAAUAUUUCUAUGUAAAAAAAAACAUCCCUCAGAUUCUCUUGAACAUCGUGGUUCAAUAGAUGGUGAAAAUUAUGUGCCAGCUAUGAUUCGACGUCCACCACCAAAUAUUCAAACAUUAAAUAUGGGUAAAAAUGGUCCUAUAUCAACAAUAUCUAAUGGUCAAGCAUUAAAUGCAAAUGAUAAUUAUCUGCGUCGAAAAUCAUUUGAUCUUAAUCAAACAUUAACAUAUCGUAAAGUAAUGGAACGUGUUAUAAAACGUUUUCUUUUACAUAAACAACGUGAAGAACAAGAUGAAAUUCGUGAAGGUGAUUUUGAAGAACUUAAACAAGAUAUUCAAAUGUUACGUUUUGAAAUGAUGAAUCGAUUAGAUGAAACACGUGAUGAUUUGGCUAAAAAUAGUCUUUUGUUAAAUGAAGGUGUACUUGUUGUUGGAGAAUUAUUAUCAUCAUUAACACGUGAAACAAAUCCAUCAAUAAAAGAAAAUUUUUAUUCAUUUAAAAAUAAAUUUUAUUCAACGCUAGAUCAAAUUCGUUUAGUUGAUAGUGGUUUAGAAUCAAGUGAAACAUUAACAGCAUCAAAUGCAUCAUUAGUUGCUAGUACAAUAUCAAUGCCUAAUUUAAUAAAUCAAAUAAAUCCAUCACAAACUUUACCAACUUCGAAUUCGGAACCAGCUUUUCCAACAUCUUAUUCUGAACCUACUUUAGCAAUAAAUAAUCAAAAUGAAUCAGAUAUUAAUCCAAUACAAGUCAUAAAACAUAUAAGUGCAGCACAUAUUAAAUUAUCAAAUAUUGCAGAGGAAAAUGAAGAAAAUGAAAAUAUUGGAAAUAAGAAAAAAGACGAAGAAGAAGAAAUUGAAGUUGAAGCACGUCAUAUAUCAAUUCAAACAUCGAUACAAAAUGACGAUGCAGAAAAUUCAAAAGAUGAAACACAUGUUUUUUAG